UGUGUAUGAAAACUCACAUGAGUCAGUUCAGUCUAGAAGGGUAGUAAUUUCUCAUAAUAUGGACAAAGCUCUGAAAGAAGUGUUUGACUACAGUUACAGAGAUUAUGUUCUGUCCUGGUAUGGAAACCUCAGCAGAGAUGAGGGACAGCUUUACCAUCUGCUCUUGGAAGACUUUUGGGAAAUUGCCAGACAGCUGCGCCACAGACUGAGCCACGUGGAUGUGGUUAAAGUCGUCUGCAAUGAUGUUGUAAGAACUUUACUCACUCAUUUCUGUGACCUGAAAGCUGCAAAUGCCAGACAUGAAGAACAACCGAGGCCUUUUGUGUUGCAUGCAUGCUUAAGGAACUCGGAUGAAGAAGUCAGAUUCCUACAAAUGUGCUCUCGGGUUCUGGUGCUCUGUCUCCUCCCCUCAAAGGAUGUCCAGUCUCUCAGCUUACGUAUAAUGCUUGCAGAAAUUCUCACAACAAAAGUCUUGAAGCCAGUAGUGGAGUUGCUAAGUAAUCCAGACUAUAUUAACCAGAUGCUGCUUGCCCAGCUGGAGCACAGAGAACAGAUGAAUGAACAUCAUAAGAGAGCCUACACCUACGCUCCUUCUUAUGAAGAGUUCAUCAAGCUUAUUAACAGCAACUCUGAUGUUGAGUUCUUGAAGCAACUAAGGUAUCAAAUUGUAGUGGAAAUAAUCCAAGCAACUACAAUUAGCAGCUUUCCCCAGCUGAAGAGGCACAAGGGUAAAGAAACCGCUGCAAUGAAGGCUGAUCUCCUGAGGGCCAGGAAUAUGAAAAGGUACAUUAACCAACUGACUGUGGCAAAGAAGCAGUGUGAGAAGAGAAUCAGAACCCUGGGAGGCCCUGCCUAUGACCAGCAAGAGGAUGGGGCUUUGGAUGAGGGGGAAGGGCCUCCAAGCCAGAAGAUUCUUCAAUUUGAAGAUAUCUUGGCCAAUACUUUCUACCGAGAACACUUUCGAAUGUACAUGGAAAGGAUAGACAAGAGAGCUCUGAUUGGUUUUUGGGAGUCUGUGGAAUAUUUAAAGAAUGCUAACAAGAAUGAAAUCCCACAAUUAGUUGGUGAGAUUUACCAGAAUUUCUUUGUGGAGAGCAAAGAAAUAUCGGUGGAAAAAUCACUUUACAAAGAAAUCCAGCAGUGUCUUGUGGGAAAUAAAGGUAUUGAGGUGUUCUGCAAAAUCCAGGGAGAUGUUUAUGAGACCCUAAAGGAUAGGUAUUACCCUUCAUUUAUUGUCAGUGACCUGUAUGAGAAAUUGAUGAUAAAAGAGGAAGAAAAACAUGUCCCCCAGUUGAUUUCGAACAAGGAUGAAAUGGGCCCAGGAGGUGAGGCUGGUGAGGAAGAAGGCACCAGUCAGAUUAAUGAACAAGCCAGUUUUGCUGUAAACAAACUACGAGAACUAAAUGAGAAACUUGAAUAUAAAAGGCAAGCUCUAAAUUCUCUUCAAAAUGCACCAAAACCUGACAAGAAGAUUGUUUCCAAGUUGAAGGAGGAAAUAAUUCUAAUAGAGAAAGAACGCACGGACCUUCAGCUGCACAUGGCAAGAACAGACUGGUGGUGUGAGAACCUUGGCAUGUGGAAAGCCUCCAUCACUAGUGGAGAGGUUACAGAAGAGAAUGGUGAGCAAAUGCCUUGUUACUUUGUCAUGGUAAGCUUACAAGAAGUUGGAGGAGUUGAAACCAAGAACUGGACAGUCCCCAGAAGGCUCAGUGAGUUUCAGAAUUUACACCGGAAACUUAGUGAGUGUUUCCCUUCUUUAAAAAAAGUCCAGUUGCCUUCUCUCAGCAAGCUGCCUUUCAAAUCUAUAGAUCACAAGUUUAUGGAAAAGUCAAAGAAGCAAUUGAACAAGUUUUUACAGAAUCUGCUUUCAGAUGAAAGACUGUGUCAGAGUGAAGCACUUUAUGCCUUUUUGAGCCCUUCUCCUGACUACCUCAAGGUUAUUGAUGUGCAGGGGAAAAAACCCACUUUUUCAUUAUCCUCAUUUUUGGAAAGACUUCCUCGUGACUUCUUCUCUCAUCAAGAGGAGGAGACAGAGGAGGACAGUGACCUGUCAGAUUAUGGUGACGAUAUCGAUGGGAGGAAGGACGCCUUGGCUGAACCAUGCUUCAUGUUGAUUGGGGAGAUUUUUGAACUUCGAGGAAUGUUUAAAUGGGUGAGAAGAACAUUAAUUGCUCUCGUUCAGGUCACUUUUGGAAGAACCAUCAACAAACAAAUCCGGGACACAGUGAACUGGAUUUUCAGUGAGCAAAUGUUGGUUUACUACAUCAGUGUUUUCCGGGAUGCUUUUUGGCCAAAUGGGAAAUUGGCACCACCGACCACAAUCAGAAGCGAAGAACAGAGUCAGGAAACAAAACAGAGAGCACAACAGAAGCUGCUUGAGAACAUUCCAGAUACACUUCAGAGCCUUGUUGGACAGCAAAAUGCCCGUCAUGGUAUAAUAAAAAUAUUCAAUGCACUGCAAGAGACACGAGCCAAUAAGCAUCUGAUAUAUGUACUGAUGGAACUGCUGCUAAUUGAAUUGUGUCCUGAGCUGAGAACUCAUUUAGAUCAACUUAAAGCUGGCCAAGUUUGAGACUGCACAAAUAAACCACCAGAGAAAUGUCUGUGUAAUAAUAGACAUGAAACAUCUUCCUCUUUUCCACAGAGGGCUAGACUGAGAACCAUAUUGAUUUUUAUUUUAGUUCCCUCCCUCUGGUUUUAUGUGAAGUAGGCAGAAUUGGGGGAGGAGACGAUGCUGUAGUAGACAACAGAAAAAAACACUUCUGUUAAUUAUUGGUUUUUAUUUUAAUAAUAAAAUAAAUACUUUAAAGUUCAACAUACUGAUUGAAAUACAAAUGUUAAUAUGUGAUAAGAACCUAGGAAAUAUUUUAAAUAUUUAUGAAAACAGUUUUGUUUUAAAAUGAAGAACUAUGAAUAUUGUACAGUUAAUUUCCUCACUGAGGACUCUGAACAUUCCUCUGUUAUUUCAUGUGUGCUGAAGAACAGUGGUGUGCAAUGCUUUGUGUAAAGUUAUUGUGAAAAUUUUAUUGUCUUUAUUUUUACCAAAGAUUUCCCAUAGUUUGAAGCAUUUGAAGCAAUAAAAUAUAAAAAUGAA